AUGGCUACCCACUACGACGGUGAGGGGUAUGGAACGCACCCUAUCGAGGGUUUGACGUCUCAAUCGUCCCACUUACUACAGGACAGUUCACCAGCAGCAGUUGGACGGAACGAAGAUGAAAAAACACCUUACGCGUCUACGGUCUCAAAGUCCCAGCCACCGGGCAUCCAGAAAUCGUCGGCCCGCACAUGGUCAGCUGGGGCCGUGUCCCUGACUGCAGCUGCGCCGCUUAUCGCCCUCAUCGCAUGGCUCGCACGCAUCCGAGUGGACAAACACACAUUCGACACAUUCGCCGGCGAGAAGAUAGGCGGUCGCUUCACACAGGCAGAGGCAAAGGCCAUCGACAUCGUUGUCGGAGCGAUACUGGCGCCCAUUUUCAUGACCAUCGUCAACUUUGUCUGGUUCGGCAGCGCUCGCGUUUCCGCUGUGAACGAGCAGCAAAAGAAGGCAAUUCCACUCCGGUCCCUUGUUACCGCAAGCGGAACGUGUUCCGGGAGCUACGACCUGAUAAGCCUGCGGGAUCUGCUGCAGGGAAAAACGUGGCGGCUAUUCCUAUUGGGUCUGCUGACGCUGCUGUCGGCAGUUGCAAGAUCAUCGCUGACGAACAUCAUCGCAUACGAGGCAUAUUCAGUGGAAGUGCCUUCGAACUCGAACACCUUACGGCUACAGAGGGAUGCUGCCAUCGAGAGUGCUUUUGUUGAACCGUACGGUUAUUUUUACCCAUCCAACACCCUGACACUGGACAUCUACAACUUUUCCACCUCACAGCAAGCCGACGUGGCCAAGCAAAUAUCUGCCCUUCUCACUGAGCUCACAUUUCAGAGUGCAUCAUCCAAACUGACUGAUGGCACGUACAUUGGAGUCAACGCAACGGCCCAAUCGCUGGACGCCCUUCCACAGACUGUCGUUGCCCUCCACAACGUUCCCGCAUACCGACUGUCGGUCGAUUGCAGCCCUGACCUACCCAACUCGAUCGGUGUGCUGCAGCCCCAGGGGCCAUACAACACCGAGAUCAGUCUGAUGACGAACACGACCGCAACAUCCAACAACACCAUCUUCCAAGCCUUUUACCCGGGCGUCGUGGAGGACAUCCAGACGGGGGACGGCGACGGCUAUAGCUAUGUCGCCUUCAGCAUGGGCUCGAAAGAGGUGUAUCUGGGCCACCUGAACCGCUUCAACCUGACCAACGACACCAUACCCUCCACCUACGGGGACGUCGGCUACCGCGCCUUCAACAUGUCCCAACUGGGCUUCACCGGCACUCAGAUCAUCAUGUCUGUCAGCGGCAUCCGCUGCUCCCUCUACCGCGAAGACGGCACCCUCAACUACACCCGCCGCGCCAACUCCUCCACCAGCGACGACAGCAGCAGCAGCAGCAGCAGCAGCACCUCAUGGACGAUAACCGGCACCGACUUCCCCGCCACGACCAACCACACCACCAAAACCAACAUCGCCUCCAUGCUCGCACAAUGGCAAUACCGCAGCCUCAACUACCACGCCCCGUCCUCCAACAUCCCCGGCAUCGGCCCCGCCCUCUCCAGCGGCACCGACCCCACCUACGGCGUCAGCCAGUCCGACUCCUUCACCGACUUCGCCCUCAACUACCUCUACGCGUCAGGCGAGGCCCAGCGCAUCGCCUACGAGGUCGCCGCCGCCAGCAGCAACGCAUCGUCGUCCUCAUCAACAGACGCGGCCGACUUCUUCACCACCGUCCCCGGCAUCGCAUCCGAGCAGCGCUACCGCAUCACGUACGUGCCGAGCAUCCUGCUGCUCGCGCUGCUGUGCCUGCUGCUCGCCGCUGGCGUCACGGGGGCCAUGGCGCUGUAUGCGGCGCGCUCGGCGUCCGGGCGGGCGUUCAGGCAGAUGGCUCCGGUGAGGUUGCUUGUUGAUGGCGUGGCGGGGUUGCGGGAGGAUGCGGAGGAGAUGGCGAGGCUGGCGGCGGGGGGCAAUAAGGAGUUGGAGGCUUGGGCGGCGGGGUAUAUGGUUAGGUAUGCGAAGGUGGUGGGGGAGGACGGGGGUGCCGGUGGCGGUGGCGGUGGCGGGGAGGUGAGGAUUGUGUUGGAGAAGCGGUAG